UCGCGCACGCGGUCUUUCGAAAUGGUAUUUUUAGAGAAGUGAGUCGCUAGUUUGCAAGCAGAGACGGUAGUCAAGUGUCGCCGUUGACCCUAAGGAAAUCGAACCCUGGCGAACUAUCGACGACUCGGAUGACCACCGGUCGAACAAUCCUGCAGAAAGGAGGAAUUUCGCGAGGAAAUUGGCGAAUCAAGUAGAAGAAGCGUAGGAUGGGCGCGACCGCCAGUAGUAACGGUGUACCAUCGCCGUCGGCAUCUACCAGGGAACGAGACGAGGAGACAUUUGCCCGCGGGGCAGAAGAGUCCUGCUGUCCGGAAUACACGAACGAAAAUAUACGACAAAGGAGGAGGACCAGUGUGUUCGAUGUGGGUGAAGAACCUCGAUCACAGGGUCCGAGUCCUUACGCGACCUUCAGGGGCGAAGAAUGGUGGAAUCAAAGACCAUCCGCCCCGAGUUUGUCGAACUUGCAACCACCUAGAGAGACUCUGUUGACGUACGCCGCACAGAUGACAGGUUGGCACUCGUCCGAUGGGCACAGCCCUUUGUUCUCUCAGCACCAGGAGGCUAUGGAGUUGUCUCGAGUGAUCUCUCAGUUGGCCAUGGCUAACCAACAGCUGGCCACAGCUCACGCGGCCACUUUAGGACAUUUAGAAGCGUUGUACGUGGAACUUCGAAAGGAAAGAGAGGCGAGAAGACGCGCAGCCUCCUCUGAAACGUUGGAUGUGCCGUUGAAGAAGAAACUGACGAUCGAGCAGGAAGACGAAGACGAAGAGGACGGGAAACGACGAAUGGAGACGAGGAUCGAUAGGCUGGAGGAGAACCUGUUGACAGACUCGGACACCUGUCAGGGUAGACAGAGAAAUUUGUGCCAAAACGAGGAGAGGAAACUUUGGACCAGGAUAGAAAGAUUGGAGACGAUGAUGAAGAAUAGAUGUAGAAAUGAUCCGACGGAGAAUUGGGACUCUUCGAAUCAUAGACAGACGAUGGAGGUCGGCUGUGAUAAGCUUUCGUAUAGCAUCGAUGUACCUGAACAAGAAUUUAAAAGGACGAGUGACAAGGAUCUCAGAGUAGAGAAUCAGCGAAGAGAUUCGAAUUCGAACGACCAGACGGAUCACGCGUCGGUGAAUUUGCAUUUAAACAAGUCUGAGGAUGAGCAGUGUACAAUGAAGAGCGACGAGGAUCGGAGAGUGCUUAGGGAAGAGACGAUCAGGCUAUCGGAGGAGGUCGAGAGGCUAAAGGCUGAACGAUUAGAGUACCAAAGCUUGAACGAAAGACUGGAAAAGGAGCUGAUGGCGGAGAAGUCAUUGGCGAGCAAGUUGAAGAAGGAUUGCGAGGUAUCGAAAAUGCGACACGAAGAGCUGGAAUCGAGCUUACAAGAGCGCAGAGAAGAGUACGAUAAACUUAUGGAAAAAUUCGAUGUAGCUAAAAAGGAAACUGAAAGGCUGUUGGAGGAAAUCGAUAAGUUUAAUAGUCAAAAAGAUACUGUCGAGGCGAGGAUCUCUAGUUUAGAGCAGGAUUUACAGAAGUCUUUGUUAGAGAAGGAACAGAUCAAAAGUAUAGAGAGCCAGAAGACUUUGAAAUUGAAGGUACAGCUGUCUGAGGAGGUUUCAGACAAGAAGAAACAGAUCAAGGCUCUCGAGGAUGCUUUGGAUGAGAUUCAAAGACUGAAGGAGACUAUCAAGACUGAGAAGAAGAGCGACGAUGAUGACGCUUCGAAAGAGGACAUAGGUCCACUCGAACCGACAGACGGAUCUCAAGGGAACGCUUCAACAGAGCGUGCAACGAAUUUGGAGGAAUUCAAGAAAGAACUGACAUUGAAAAGAGAAGCCAGACAGAGAGCGAUCGCUGCUGUUUCCUCGGAAAUGGAGCGGCUUAGACGCGAAUUAGAUGCAGAGAAGGAGGCACAUUCGGAAACUUCGAGGGUGUUGGACCUUCUGAGGUCUGCGCAGAACGAUUCUCAAGCUGAGGGACAAAGAAACGUGGAUGAAAGCUUGAAGAGAUCCAGGAUAAGAGAUCAGAAGCCGGAUGAACAGGAGGUGAUUACGAAACGAGUGGAAGCUCAACGACUGUCAAGUAUUCUGAAGGUCUCCGACGAGCUGAGAAACGACGUUCGCUUGCAAAUCGAUAAAAUGGACGACCUUCGGUACCAGCUGGAAACGGAACCGGAUCAUCAUCGAUAUCGUAUCCGAAGCUUGGCAGAGCUUACCAACAAGACGCGGGAAGCUCUUCACAGCAGAGAACUCCGUGCCAAUGAGCUGAAGGACCAUCUCGCGCAGAUUCUGGUCCGAUUAGGAGACAGAAGUUUCUUGGACCUAAAGGACGACGUUGGCUUGGAGUAUGAACGUCAGCUGGAGAACAUCGAUAGCCUGAAGUGUCUCUACAACGCAAGGCUAAAAAUGCUGAGCGAAUUGAAAGAAGCUGCAGUCAGGGAACUGAUGGACGUGAAGGAGAGAUUGGAUCACGCUGUGAAGAAGUCGGAGUCCCUGGAGGAGGACCUCAGAAAGGCUGACGAGAAGAUCGAUGCACAAGAUACGGAAAUAACGAAUUUGGAAUCUCAGCUUGGACUCACCAAGGCUGAUUGUAGAGAUCUUCAGAAUCAAAUGUCUGUUAUCAAUGGACUGUUCACUCAGAUGCUUCUGGGUGCUUCCUCUGCUGACAUGGACCUCGAUCGACUGACUCAGUUACUUCAGGAGAAUCACGAUUUGAUAUGCGACAUGGCGAGAGAGGAGGGCACAGAGGCUGCAGCGCUUCCGAAGCUCCUUCUUGAUAUAAUCGAACAGGUCGAGGGUGGCAAGGGAGCUCAAAAGAGAACAGAUAGCGAAAAUAGUGGAACUGAAGCCGAAGCGGAGAAAAGAGAAGAGGAUCUUCAGCAGGAAGACAUAGCGCACAAUUUGCCCAAGGUAUGGCGUGUUCUGUUGGAACUGCUGAGUUGUCACGCAGAAGGCACACCAUCCGCUUCUGCGGCGUCCUCUUCGGAUCCUAACAGCUGUUACAAGUCCGUCGACACACCGGCCGGUCCCCGGCUAGUGAUUUCAGUCAGCAAAACUUACAUCCGUCUGAAAGAGUUGAUCCUGGAGAAAAAGCACUUGGAGAAAGAAAUGAAUAGAAUGAAGCAAUUGAAUGCACAUUUGGAGAGUAAACUUGGGGAACAGGAGAAAAGACUGUCAGCAGUGUCCGCGGAGUUGAGCAAAACCUGGACCAUCGUCGAUCGAAUGCAAGCUCAACAUCAUCAGCUGCACACUCACGAAAAGAUUCUACGAUACGAGCUUCAGCAAAAGAGGAAGAUGCUGCAAGAGUUAAAACAGGAAUUAGAGUACUGUCGCGAGAAGUGGGAGUCAGCCAGACAAAAGAACACGAACACUGAACUAGAAUGGAGGAGUUUGAGACGAGAAUUUGCUGCUAGGAAAGCUUUGGCUGUUCAUGAUUCUUUCAACAAUAGCGCUGAAAGUGGAUUCAGUGACGAACGAGGAGACGACACUGACGAAGAAGAGGAUAACUCUGUUGAAGAAAGAAUCAGGCUGGGUCCACGCAGGAGACCGCGAAAGGAGAGUCCUCGAGCACCAACUCCAGACACCGAAUCAGAACAGCCAACGGAUACCGAGCUAUCCGAAUCGAAAACAGGUUCUUCAGCAACGCUGGAGCAACGAACACCCACACCUGAAACGGAAACGGAAUUAGAUGACUCUGAAGUAAUAGACUCAGCUACGAUUUCCGAGCUACCAAAUAUAACGGACAAAUCGCUGAUAUUGAAGAGUUCUCAGGAAUCACUGAACCCCCUGGACCAAGCGUUAACAAAUGUCAUCCAGAAUCUCAUAGCAAUUGAUGACGUAUCCAGUUCAAGUUCUUCCACCUUCAAGGAUCAAAGCGAGCCUCUGAAGAUCAUCCAAGAAGAAAGUGCAAUCGUUUCAGAAGAUCCCCAAACAUGUCAGUUCAAUUUAGAAUCUACAAUCCAGUCAACUGAUCUAGAGCCAUCGAACGAGGUUAAAAACGAUCUCAAAGAUGUCUGUAAAGUUUCCGAAGAUGAUCUUCCAGUUUCCACUGUCACGGAAGAUCCGAAGAGCCCUUCGAACACGGAUGGUGAGAAAGAAAAGAGCGAAGAUCCCUUGAAAUCAUCUGUUUCUCACGUACCCACCGUAACUAGCCCAGCCAGCACGCAGUCUGUUUUCUCCAUCGGGCCCUUCCCUCUCUCCAUUGUGACCAUGAAAAAUGUCCAAUUCACCGAGACACCGAUAGUUAAUCAAUUUUUUGCUCCAGUUUUCGGUGCACCCUUGACGGAAAAUCGUUUCGACCCCCCAUCGUCCUCGAAUCAGGACGCGAACCUUAAAGAGAAACGGGUGACCAAGUCGACGGAUUGUGCCGUAGACUGUGACAGCGUGUCCGUGGAUUCUUCUUCCAGCAUGGAGACUGUGAAAGAGUUCUCCAUAAUUGAAACUCCUAUCGCAAAUGAGACGAAACCGGAAAUGAGCUUGCAGGAACCAAGCGGAUCCAGGCAAGAGGAAAAGAAGACUGUAAAGACUAGGACACCGGAGGAAGUUAUAGCCGCGCGUGAGGACAGACUGAAGAGACUCGAAGAACAAGCUAAAUGGUUGAUGAAUAAGAUGAACGCUACCAGUAGAAGAGGUUCUGCGUUGAGUACCAGGCUUGAAGAGCUUCACGAAGUGUACAGGGAACCACCUGUUCCUCCACCCAUGCCCGAUGUCCUCCCUAGUAGACGACUCAGGACUAAUUUGGAGGAUCUCUCUCCUCAGGUACCUGAAUCAUCAUUCACCGAGGGUACUAUAAAUACCGAGCAGUCUCUGUCGAGCAGCGCUUCUAACCAGUCGCCUUGAGACUUUCAGAUUCUUCAUUGCAUAAAGAAACAUUAUUCGACGUUUAUUUUCGUCGGCCAUGAAUAACGUGAAGUGCACGGUUUCCCAAGAAACGCGUUGGCUCCUGUUUACAGAAGCCAUUGCAUAAUUCAGAUCGGAUCAGAUCGUGUAAAGUCCUCGAAGAGGUGAAUCGAAACGACGAUGAAUUUUUAUAAUUAUCCGUGACAGACUUUGAAACGGUAUCAUCGAUUCAAAGCAGUUCUAAUAUUUUUAUUAUCGUUUUAUCGAUGUAAGUAACGUCUCGUUCCUAAGUGUGAAUGUAAAUGUGAUCACUCGCGAAUCCGUUCCUUUUUUUGUACUUUCUACGAAUUGUACUAAUUUCACUGUAUAAAUAAAACGAUGCAAAAAACCACAAAAA